AUGCUGUGGGCAGUCAUUCGUUUGACUCGCACUCGACGGACCAAGCUGGUACUACAUGUGGCCGAGUUGUUGGGACGGCGGCUGAGCUUCGCUACCGCUGCUGUCUCCGGGAUUUACGCCCCUAAGCCAGUGCAGCGUGUCCCAAUCAUCAUGUCCCAGGACCCCGACGAUGAGGCAGAGCUGGAAUCCACGGGCCCGGCGCCUUCAACCUUCCUCGUCGACCAUCGGGGAUUUCCCAUCACUACCCCGGAACAAGAUGAUGAAGUGAUCCAUGCCUUCAUCGAGUCGAUCGACUCGGACGCCGUCUGUCGCCUUGCAUCGCGAUACAAUCACUGCGGGCCUUGCCGGCGCACGAACUUGGCAAAUCCAAUCUCGGCUUUGGUGUCGAGAUCGACUCAGGUCCCGAGUGGAUUCUUUCUCGAGCGCAACACACGUAUCCAUGUUCCUCGCAUUCUUUCCUACGGGCGCGAUGUCAAGUUGUCCAAAAAUGGCGCUGGGACGCAAAUGUUUCUCAUCGCAGACAUGAUUCCCGGAGAAUCGCUGAGAAAGAACGACUUCCUUGGAGCGCCCGAGCAGCACCGAAGAGUCUUCUACUCGCAACUCAUUGACGUUUUGGCCGAAUCAAGAGCUCUCGAGUUUCCUGUCAUUGGCUCCUUGAUGCCAAAUCCUGAUGGUGGCCGGGGGGAGUUUUCGAGCACUGUCCUGCGGCAGUUGUUCACACCACCUUCGAGGAUCACUUCGCACGAUUCGAUCAAGACAAAGAAUGGAGUACACACCGACUGCCAAGUCCUUGACGAGAAGUGCAACAUGGACGGCCGAUGCAACCUUGCUCCGGAGAAAAUGGUAUGCUGCACUUCGGCAGAAACGUCAGCCAUCGGCAAUCCGAAACUAGCCUCCUGCGUUGGCCAUCUCGUUCGCUGCCUCGAGGAAGCCAUUUACACGUUCCACGAUAUUUAUGCUCCAAAUCUCUACGACAGAGCUAUCCAGGAUGUAACGUCUGAAUUCUUGAAGGAACACGAGACCAUUGUGUCCGAGCAUCGCAAACAGACGAUGAGCAUGACCAACAAUCAGCUCGCUACGUUGAAGAAGCGCAUCAGCGAGAUAAUGGCUGCUGUUGACGAAGAGCGGAGAGAACUGAACCAAAUUUUGGCAUUUCUAAGGAACAUACCAAAAGAAUCGCGACAGCAGUUGUCCAACAGCGCCGCCGGCUCCAAGCGAGCCAGAGCAGACAUGUCAGGUCAAACCAUUGAUGAGUCGGGCGAUUACUACGAACGACGACGAAUGGAAAAGGAGCAAGCCAUAGGGCGCAUGUGGGAAAAGAUACAUGAUCUUCAAGUAGAGGAGAUCCAGCUUAAGAAAUCCAUCGAGCGGGACACACGACACUGCACGGCGUGA